AUGGCUCUGUUCGGGCCAGUCGUCCACUCCUUGUUCUUGGUGACAGCCUGGACAGCCGCCAUACGAGGCAUCGUCACCACGACCAUCGUCACUACCAUCACCAUUGUCUCAGUUGAAGGCACUGCAACCAUCAUCACCACCGCACCUUCCAAUGACCAGAAUCACGUUGCAUAUCCGAAGCUGUUGUCCAAGCUAAGCCACAUCGCCACUCCCGGGACCCUGCAUAGACACAGGCCUCCUCAGUUUCCUGCUCUGGAGGGCUGGAAGGAACGCCGGUCGGGGGCACUUCCUGGAUGGCUGCCAGGGCGGCGGCGAGAGGUAGCGGGAGCGGUAGCCCAUAUGGGCCGGGCAGUUAUCGGGCCUCGCCUCCUGGGAUCCCUGUCUACCCGGCCGCGAGUUACGGUCAUGGGGAUGUGUACCAGCAGGCGGGGGCCGGUGAUGGAUCCUCCGUCCCUGUACCAGCAGCAGCGCCAGUACUCUACCCACGGCCCCCGCGAGCAUGAUGGCCCGGGGCUGCAACAAUACUAG